AUGAUCGCACGGUCACUCGCCAGGAGUGUGUAUAUCAUGGCCAUUUCACCCCAAAAAGAUGAUACGGAGAUCAUAUCUUAUGCCCCUACAGAGACUAUGGAAUCAAUGUCAACUGACCAAUUGCAAAAGCUCCUUCAAGGCCCUGCUGGCAGACCGCCACCAGGUGUGGAGCCCAACCUGAUGAGCCCUGCAAACCAACGUAUAUCUGGACAGGCGGCUAUACUAGUCUGCUUCAUAGCGGCCUCCAUUUCUUUGUUCAUGCGAAUAUACACGAGGAUAUUUGUUAUCCGCAAGACCAACAUGUCCGAUUACUCCAUCAUUGUAGCCUGGGUAGAGACGCUCUUUCUUCAUCCAACUACACAGACCGAACUGAUAUUUUUUAAGGCAAUCUAUGUGAGCUUCGGCGUCAUCUCUUGGCUGGGAAAUGAUGCUGGACCCGGGGUUGACAUGUGGAAUCUACGCCUAACGGAUUUUAGAAGAAUGCAAUAUUGGUUUCACACAGGCUCGAUACUAUAUGGUAUAUGCAUUUUCUUCAUAAAAGCGUCCAUCCUUCUCCAGAUCGUGGACAUUUUUGUGCCUACCAAACGGAAUGACCCUAUGUUCUGGAUCUGCCAUGCCUUGAUAUGGAUCAAUUUUCUUUUCUACCUGAUUAGCAGCUUCCUCGAAAUUUUCGCCUGCCGUCCACUAAACAAGGCCUGGGACCCACUCAUUACACAGGGGUCCUGUAUGGAUAUGUUCCUCCUCAUAUUUCUUGCUAGUUUAUUGAAUGCCGCCUCAGAUUUGAUUAUCCUCAUUUUGCCGCAAACGCGCAUUUGGAGAUUGCAAAUGCCACUGUCUAGAAAGGUUGCUGUCUCAGCAGUCUUUUUGUUUGGUGUAAUUGCUUGUGUCUCGUCUAUUGUGAAACUAGCAUUCGCCGUGAGUCUGAUGCAGAACAAGGAGAACGUAUCCUAUUACAGCUGGCUAGAGGGAGUUUGGCCGCAGCCAGAGAUAGCAUCAGGGAUCGUCGUUGCCUGUCUUCCAGUGCUGCCCAAGCUUUUCAACAGUCUAAAGCAGAACAACCGUAUAGCCCGGAUGAACAAGUCUCUUCAAGUACUUCUUCCCUCAUUAUCAUUCGGAAGUUGGAGAAAUACAGGAACCAGCAGGGUCGUAACCAGCGAGAUAGCCACCACGGCUUGUCAAUCUGUACAGACCAAGGACUGCCACUCAGAUGACUAUCCGCUUAUUUCCUUGACAGCUGAAAGGCAUCCGGUGUAG